AGAUCACGGUGACGCUCUGCCUCUCGCGCCUGCCGCAGCCCAAUGAGCCUCGCCUCUUACUGCAGUCUCACAACAAAACAAAAGGCCUUAAAAUCCGCGACAUAUGUUAAGAAACGAUAGACCAGCGCAACCAAAAUGACGGAGACCACUAAAACACAUGUCAUUUUGCUGUCAUGUGGAAGUUUCAACCCCAUCACGAAGGGACACAUUCAUAUGUUCGAAAAAGCCAGAGAGUACCUACACAAGACUGGACGAUUCAUUGUGAUUGGGGGUAUCAUCUCACCUGUACAUGAUUCCUAUGGCAAACCGGGCCUUGUCUCAAGCAGACAUCGUCUCACCAUGUGUCAGCUGGCAGUUCAGUCUUCUGAUUGGAUCAGAGUGGAUCCUUGGGAGAGCUAUCAGGACACCUGGCAGACCACUUGUAGCGUUUUGGAGCAUCACCGAGACCUAAUGAAGAGAGUCACAGGAUGCAUUUUGUCCAACGUCAACACACCUUCCACAACCCCUGUGAUUGGUCAGCCCCAAAAUGGGACAUCUCCUAUUUAUCAAAACACAGUCAACAAGUCUGUAGCUAUUAAGCUUUGGGGAAAGAUGAGCGAAAGUCUGGGUAAAAUCUGCUGUGUUCGCCCACACAUGGAACGUUAUACCUUUGUUGAUGAAAAUGCCAACCUUGGUACUGCAAUGCGCUACGAGGAAAUCGAGUUGCGUAUCCUGCUCCUUUGUGGCAGUGAUCUCCUGGAAUCUUUCUGCAUCCCCGGCUUAUGGAAAGAAAGUGAUAUGGAAGUGAUUGUGGGGGAUUUUGGGAUAGUGGUGGUUCCUCGGGAUGGAGUUGACACAGAAAGGAUAAUGAACCAUUCAUCAGUGCUCCGCAAGCAUAAGGACAGUAUAAUUGUGGUAAAGGAUGAAAUCGAUCACCCGAUGUCAGUCGUCAGUUCCACCAAGAGCAGACUGGCUCUUCAGCACGGUGACGGUCACGUGGUGGAAUACCUGAGCCAGCCCGUCAUCGACUACAUCCUGCAGAGUCAGCUCUACAUCAAUGCCUCUGGAUAGGAUGGGGAAGUCCACUUCCGAGCCGUCAGUCAUCCCUGUCUGUCUCUCUGUGUGUAAUCUAGAGUAUAAUCCUCCUGUGCUACCACUGCUUUUCCAUGUAGAGGAGCAUUAAUCUGUCCUCCCCUCUUACCCGUGUCUCAUUGGGAUGUACAGCACUGUGCCUGAGGGAUCUGCUCCACCAAUCAGCUUUAAGGGACUGGGUGGGCUUAGGUGCCCAAUAGGAGGAAGAGGAGAAAGCCUCGAUACCACUAUGACAGAAAAAGAGUGUUUUUGAUUGAAUUAGAUAAUUCAUUGCCUGCUAUAAUGUCAGUCUUUGCUGUUGAUUUAAUACUCUCUGUACUUGUAGUUGCAUGCCUAAAGGUUUUCUUUCAGCGCAUGAGUGUUUAAAACACCAUGUAGACCGUAGUCUGUGGUUACAGUGUUUGCAAAAAAAACUGUGCUUUGACUCAUCUCAUCUUUAAAUACAUUUUCUACUCAUCCUUCAACUGUAUGUACAGAGAUCAUCUCAUAUACUGUAUUAUGGCUCAAUGUUUUGUCUUCAAUGUGCAUUCACGUAUACGUGGAGUAUUUGCUUGCACAUUAAAGAAUGCGAUUUCA